CAGAAAUUGACACAUUCAUAGGAGAUCGAAUAAGUGUUAUGGUGUGUUUAUACUUUAUAAUUAAUCAUGUCUCUUGAAAGUGGUUCGUCUAUCAGGCCGUAAUAAACAGUGUCGAUAUUGCCGUCUGGCUUUGAAGUUCGCUGAAAAAUGAAUUCGUGAAAAUCAGCUGAGGGUUGCAGGCUCUUUCCAAUGAGCUAGAUGACAUUGCCAGAGGGAAUAUGGAUUACGAACUGGAAGUUUUCGAAGUAUACGACGACAGUGAGCAGCAGUCAUCGAAAAGGCACUCCAAACACACUCGAAAAAAGUGCAAGCAGAAACAAAAAUCGACGGUGUUGAGUAUAGAGAGUACCGACAACGACAUAAGCAGAUCUAAAACUAGUGUGGUCGGCAGUGAUAGGAAACAUUUGAGCUUGUGCGAGUCUAUACUCGGUGUGUUUAGCAAACUCUUCUGGAGGAACCCCAAGAGGUACCAGAGCACGGUCCCUGACAGGAAUGAUAUAGCCCAUUCUUCCAAAGACUUCCGAAAAGGCUACAUGUUAUGUGAUAACCAGAGAAGAAUUCACGCAAAUGACAGAGUAUACAACUCACAAUUUCAUUACUCUAGUAACUACAUAAAGACCUCAAAGUAUUCGUUGUUGACGUUCCUGCCUCUGAAUUUGUUCGAACAGUUCCAACGCUUGGCUAACUUCUACUUUUUGUGCCUUCUUGUGCUGCAGUUGAUACCGGCUAUCAGCAGUCUCACGCCUGUCACCACAGCUCUCCCUCUCAUCGGCGUACUGGGACUCACUGCCAUCAAAGAUGCUUACGAUGACAUCCAACGUCAUAUUUCUGAUUCCCACGUCAACAAUAGAAAGUCCAGGGUAGUCCGCAAAGGGAAACUCGUCAACGAAAAAUGGUCGGCGGUUCAAGUCGGAGAUAUUGUCAGAAUGGACAACAAUUCUUUCAUUGCGGCUGAUUUGUUGAUUUUAACUUCUAGCGAGCCGAACGGCUUGUGCUACAUAGAAACGUCAGAGUUGGAUGGAGAAACUAACUUGAAAUGCCGACAGUGUCUGGUCGAAACGACCGAGAUGGGUCAGGAUGACACUCUGCUCGGCGAAUUCGACGGCGAAAUAAUGUGCGAACUGCCCAAUAACCUGCUAAACAAGUUCGAAGGCGUCCUGCUGUGGAAGGGCAGGUCUUUCCCGUUGGACAACGAGAAGAUAAUGCUGAGGGGGUGCGUGCUGAGGAACACUCAGUGGUGCUACGGCGUCGUGAUCUUUGCUGGCAAAGACACGAAGCUGAUGCAGAACAGCGGCAAGAGUAAAUUCAAGCGCACUAGCAUCGAUAGGCUCCUCAACUUUUUAAUUAUAGGAAUAGUAUUUUUUUUAUUGUCCAUGUGCCUUUUUUGUAUGGUGGCGUGUGGUAUAUGGGAGACCCUGGUCGGGCAGUAUUUUCAGACCUUCCUGCCCUGGGACACUCUGGUGCCUUCCGAGCCUAUGGGCGGCGCCACCAUCAUAGCCCUGUUGGUGUUUUUCUCAUACGCCAUCGUCCUCAACACUGUGGUGCCGAUCUCGUUGUACGUGUCUGUCGAAGUGAUACGGUUUGUACAGAGUUUUUUAAUCAAUUGGGACGAUCAGAUGUACUACGAGAAGACGGGCACCCACGCCAAAGCGAGGACCACCACACUUAAUGAAGAACUAGGUCAGAUAGAGUACAUAUUCUCUGACAAAACCGGUACGCUUACCCAAAACAUAAUGACAUUCAACAAGUGUUCAAUCGGAGGCCGUUCUUACGGUGACGUCAUCGACCAGAGAACCGGUGACGUCAUCGAAAUAACCGAAGACACGGAACCGCUCGAUUUCUCCUUCAACCCGAACUACGAGUGCGAGUUCCGGUUCUACGACAAGCAUCUGCUCGAAGCCGUACGAAGAAGAGACGCUGAAGCGUUCAGCUUCUUCAGGCUGCUGGCUCUGUGCCACACCGUCAUGUCGGAGGAGAGAGACGGACGACUGGAGUAUCAGGCGCAGUCCCCUGACGAAGCCGCUCUGGUUUCUGCGGCGAGGAAUUUUGGAUUCGUCUUCAAAGAGCGAUCCCCAAACAGCAUCACGAUUGAGGUUAUGGGCGUGAAGGAGGUGUAUGAACUACUGUGCAUACUGGAUUUCAACAACAUCAGGAAGAGGAUGUCGGUGAUCUUGAGGAAGGACGGGCAGCUCAAGCUGUACUGCAAGGGGGCGGAUAAUGUUAUAUACGAGAGGCUGAAGAGCGGUUCGGAGGACUUUAAGAACAAGACCCAGGAACACCUCAAUAAAUUCGCCGGCGAAGGUUUGAGGACUCUUUGUUUGGCGUCCUGCGAUUUGAACGAGGAAUUCUUCAAUAACUGGAAGCAGAGGCAUCAAGAGGCAGCCAUCUCGAUGGAAGGGAGAGAUGAGAAGCUCGAUGCCAUCUACGAAGAGAUCGAAAGAGAUAUGGAUUUAAUAGGCGUGACAGCGAUAGAGGAUAAACUGCAAGACGGCGUGCCUCAGACGAUAGCUAACCUCAUCUUGGCGGGGAUUAAGAUCUGGGUGCUCACAGGGGAUAAACAGGAAACUGCCAUCAACAUUGGAUACUCGUGCCAACUCCUGACCGACGACCUGGUCGACAUAUUCAUAGUGGACGCCUCCUCCUACGACGAGGUCCACCAGCAACUGCUGAAGUUCCGCGAGAACAUCAAGAUAGUUCACAAGUUCCAGCCGCGCAGCCCCCAAGCUGCUACCGUCCCCGCCGCCAAUCAGGCUCCGAACGGGCGAGUCCACACCGCCGAAAGGGCCCCCGACGCCUCCGCCCCCCGCCAGACGAACCCGCCGGCGAUCAGCGUCGUCACUUUCAGGUUUGACGAUGACAUUCAAAACGGUGACAAUACGAGAGCAAGCACCGAACUGGAAUACUACGGCGGAACGGAAGAGCACCACGAAGAAUCCUCGGCGGGAUUCGCCAUCGUCAUCAACGGGCAUUCGCUGGUGCACUGCCUGCAUCCGCAGAUGGAGAGGCUCUUUCUGGAGAUCGUGAUGCAGUGCAAGUCGGUGAUUUGUUGCCGCGUGACGCCUCUGCAGAAAGCUCUCGUCGUGGAGUUGGUGAAGAAGAGUAGGCACGCCGUUACUUUGGCAAUAGGCGAUGGCGCUAAUGAUGUCUCGAUGAUAAAAGGUACUUACUAUGAUGCCGUUAGUCCCAAUGGCCAGGGUCUCUCUGAUUAUAUGUUGUUUUGCAGUGUGACUGCUGCUAUUCUGGUGAUUGUGAACUCGGCUCAGAUCGCCUUGGACACGAUGUACUGGACCGUAAUCAACCACGUGAUGAUAUGGGGCUCACUGGCGUUCUACUUCCUGGCUGACAACUUCUACAACUACGUGUUCAAUGGCCCUUACGUCGGCUCGCUGACAAAGGCGAUGUCUGGGGCGAACUUCUGGUUCACCACCGUGCUCGUCGUCAUCAUCUCGAUCAUGCCGGUGCUCGCGUGGCGCUUUUACUUCGUCGACGUCUUUCCGACGCUCUCGGACAGGGUCAGGCUGAAACAGCGGAUGGCGCAGGUCAGGUCCAGGCAGAGCCAGGACGUGCUCAGGACGCCGUCAGCGAGGAGAGCCAGAAGGUCGAUACGAUCCGGAUACGCCUUCGCCCACCAAGAAGGCUUCGGCAGGCUGAUAACCUCAGGCAAAAUAAUGCGGAAGCUCCCCAAUCCGGAAUUUAACAUACCGAACAUUAUCAACAAACUGAAUAUGAACUCGGGCGGCAGCAACGCCGGCCACCCUCACAAGAACACCGCCUCGACGCCGCCCCCUACGCAGGAAAGUAGCAGCAGCGGUUCUUCGAGAGCCCCCAUUCAAGAUCUCGAUACGAUUAAUCUCUGACGAUCGUAGAGCAGGUUAACGAACUUUUUGGGUAUGCCGGGAGGUGUUCCUCUCCUUUCCGGCACUUUUAGGGACUAGUUUUUUCGAGAAAGACGCCAAAACUGUAGAACAUGUAUGAUUCGAGUUGGGUUUUUGGAUACAUGUUGCCGGAUGCCGGUCCAAGUACGCGACGAUCUAUACACAUGU